UCUGCUCUCGUUGUGCAGAGAUGCUGUAGAUGCGGCAGACUGGAACAGAUACUGUUUGAUUCUGAAUGCAGCAGCCGGGGAGGAUAUCACCAUCCUGACAGACACCGCGGAGGACAGCAACACUUCACUCGACUGUGCUCAAUACAGGCAGCAGGCAUGGACAAUAAGGCGCUUGAACCGGACUCUGUGAGCGUCCCCAUGGAGGAGGCCGUCCUGUGUAACGGGAGCAGCCAGCCUCAGGGGCAGGAAGCGUCCCUGUUGACUCACUUGAAGAAGGUCCAGAACCAGAUCACUGACGCUCAGCGUUUCUCCCACCUGCCCAAACGCUCAGCCGUGGACCUGGAGUUCAUCGACCUGUCCUACACCAUCCAGGAGGGGCCGUGCUGGAGGAAGAGAGGGUUUAAAGCUUUACUGAAGUGUCUGUCUGGACGGUUCUGCAGCCGGGAGCUGAUAGGGAUCAUGGGGCCUUCAGGAGCCGGGAAAUCUACUCUAAUGCACAUCCUGGCUGGAUACAGGGAAUCAGGGAUGAAGGGUCAGAUCCUGGUGAACGGGAAGCCCAGGGACCUGAGGACGUUCAGGAAGAUGUCCUGCUACAUCAUGCAGGAAGACAUGCUGCUGCCUCACCUCACCGCGCGAGAAGCCAUGAUGGUUUCAGCCAACUUAAAGCUGGAUGAAAGUAUGGAUGUGAAGAAAGAACUGGUUAAUGAGAUCCUGACCGCUUUGGGGCUCCUGGACUGCGCUCACACUCGAACCAGCUCCCUUUCAGGGGGUCAGUGUAAACGUUUGGCCAUCGCCCUCGAACUGGUCAACAAUCCUCCGGUCAUGUUCUUUGAUGAACCGACCAGUGGUUUGGACAGCGCGUCCUGCUAUCAGGUGGUCUCACUCCUGCAGUCUCUGGCUCUAGGAGGACGGACGAUCAUCUGCACCAUUCACCAACCCAGCGCCAAACUGUUUGAGAUGUUCGACAAGCUUUACAUCCUCAGUCAGGGUCAGUGCAUCUACAAAGGCACAGUCCCGUACCUCAUCCCCUACCUGAAGACUCUGGGUCUGUACUGUCCCACCUACCACAACCCUGCAGACUUCAUCAUUGAAGUGGCCUCAGGAGAGUACGGAGACCUGAACCCGGUCCUGUUCGAGGCGGUCCAAGGAGGGAUGUGUGCAAUAGAGGAGAAGAAGAGCCACAGUGACACCAACGGCCCGUCCGUCUGUACAACUAAGUACCCCAUGGACGCCGGACAAGUAGAGAGCCACACGUUUGCCACGAGCACACUCACACAGUUCUGCAUCCUCUUCAAGAGAACCUUCAUCACUAUAUGUCGGGACCAGGUUCUGACCCACCUCAGACUGAUCUCCCACAUCGCCAUCGGGGUGUUGAUCGGUCUGCUCUACCUGAACAUCGGCAACGAUGCCAGCAAGGUCUUCAACAACACCGGGUUCCUCUUCUUCUCCAUGCUCUUCAUCAUGUUCGGGGCGCUCAUGCCGACGGUGUUAACCUUUCCUCUGGAGAUGUCGGUGUUCCUGAGGGAGCAUCUGAACUACUGGUACAGCCUGAAAGCUUACUACCUGGCCAAGACGAUGGCUGAUAUCCCGUUCCAGGUGAUCUGCCCCAUCAUGUACUGCAGCAUCGUGUACUGGAUGACAGAGCAGCCUCCUGAAGCCAGCAGAUACCUGCUCUUCAUCGCUCUGUCCAUCUGCACCGCUCUGGUAGCUCAGUCUUUGGGCCUGCUGGUGGGAGCUGCCUCCACCUCUCUGCAGGUGGCCACGUUCGUUGGACCCGUCACGGCCAUACCUGUGCUGCUGUUCUCUGGAUUCUUUGUGAACUUUGACACGAUUCCCAAGUAUCUGCAGUGGAGCUCCUACGUGUCCUACGUCAGGUACGGCUUUGAAGGCGUGAUCCUCUCCAUCUACGGCAUGAACCGCUCGGAGCUCGAGUGUCCGGGGAAAGUGUGCAAGUUCCAGCAGCCAGAGGAGGUUCUGCAGUUACUGGAUGUGGAAGACGCAAAGCUCUACAUGGAUUUCAUCGUCCUCGGCAUCUUCUUCAUCAUCUUUCGACUGGCCACCUACCUUGUCCUCCGCUACAAGAUCAAGUCUGAGCGAUAACUUCGCUCGUCUUCCAAAUCUCACGGCUGUCCCUGAUGUCAUUUCAGACCUGGUCUCUUUUCUGUGCACCGAGAACAACCUCUCUGUAGCGUGGGUUUCACUUGAUUUGCUGCUAAAAAGGACAGAACGUACACUCAGAUCUGUUCUACUGCUGCAGAGAGCAGUGACUGAUGAAGCAGAGCAGUGACGAAUCAUCUCAUAAACCGACGUGAACCUGUUUUACCUCAGACAUCAGGACUUAAAUCCUGCACAUGAAGCCAGAUCAGCACCGAAGAGGACAAAGAGACUGAGCCCCAUUCAGCAGCUUUCACUGUGCGUCUUAUAUUCCUGCGAGGCGGAUGUGGUACGGUAGCACUUAUUAGAAUGGACAUGCAUGUUUGUCACACAGUGUGCGCGGCCAUUCUGUCAGAGCCAGAACAAAAACUGAGUGAGAGCACAAAAACUGCCCUCUUGAGAAAGAAAGACUGUUUACAUUGAUCUCUGAGGGCCUGUGUCCACACCACAGAUCAGCUUUAAGAAAAUCAACACUUCACAGAGAGGUCAGGGUCUCGUCUCACCCUGUGUAGAUUCUAAUUCUCCAACAUUUACUCACCUUUCAUCGGGAAAGAUCCAAAUUAUUCUUGUAGUCGUGUUAAAACAAAAGAAGCAGUGAAGGGACACAGACCCUCAGUCAAAGACGCCCGAGGACAAACGUUUGCACUGGAGAGGAAGUGUGAUGUGUUGUGCCUAAAAGAGUGAACACUGAAUAUAAGCAGCUUGUUUGUGUUUGAAUAUUUUUGUUUUCACGUUGUUGAAUCAUUAACUUCCUGUAUGAAAAUCUUUUUGUUGGGCUAGAUUCUUUUUUACGGAAGGAGAUAAGGGCCACUGAAAAAAAAUAAUUAAGUUAAGGUCCAAUAUUUUUUAUUAUUAUUAUUAUUCUCAGAUUAAAGUCAGAAUUCUGAAAUAAAAGUCAGAUUAAAGUCAGGAUUCUGAGAUUAAAAUCAGAAAUUCUGAGAUUAAAGUCAGAUUAAUGACAGAAUUUUAAGAUUAAAGUCAGUAUUCUGAGAUUAAAAAGUCAGAAUUCUGAGAUUAUAAAGUCAGAAUUCUGAGAUUUGAAAAAAGUCAGAAUUCUCAGAUUAAAGUCAAAAUUCUGAGAUUUAAAAAGUCAGAAUUCUCAGUGUAAAGUCAGAAAUUCUGAGAUUUAAGUCAGAUUAAUGUCAGAAUCCUGAGAUUAAAGUCAGAAUAAAGUCAGAAUUCUGAUAUUAAAGUCAGAAUUUUGAGAUUAAGAAGUCAGAAUUCUGAGAUUAAAGUCAAAAUAAAUUCAGAAUUCUGAGAUUAAAGUCAGAAUUCUGAGAUUAAAGUCAAAAUAAAGUCAGAAUUCUGAGAUGAAAGUCAGAAUUCUGAGAUUACAAAGUCAGAAUUCUGAGAUUUGAAAAAUGUCAGAAUUCUGAGAUAGUCAGAAUUCUCAGAUUAAAGUCAGAAUUCUGAGAUUAAAGUCAGAAUAAAGUCAGAAUUCUGGGAUUAAAGUCAGAAUUCUGAGAUUAAAGUCAGAAUUCUGAGAUUAAAGUCAAAAUAAAGUCAGAAUUCUGAGAUUAAAGUCAGAAUUCUGAGAUUACAAAGUCAGAAUUCUGAGAUUUGAAAAAUGUCAGAAUUCUGAGAUAGUCAGAAUUCUCAGAUUAAAGUCAGAAUUCUGAGAUUUAAAAAGUCAGAAUUCUUAGUGUAAAGUCAGAAUUCUGAGAUUAAAGUCAGAAUUCUGAGAUUUAAAAAGUCAGAAUUCUUAGGGUAAAAUCAGAAUUCUGAGAUUAAAGUCAGAAUUCUUAGAUUAAAGUCAGAAUUCUGACUUUUUUCUGAGAAUAAUGAUACAAAAUGUAUAUAUUGGACCUUGAUAAAUUUUUUUCCUGUGGCCCUAAUCCUCUUCCGUAAUUUUCUAACAUGUUUGUAGUUGUAAAUUAAGCUUGUUACGAUCGACUACUGAUAUUUGGUACUUUUUGUACUCACACCAUAAAAUCCUAAACCUUAAUAAUCAUAGUUAAAUUAUAAAUUGUGUCAGCCUUAAUCAUUUUAUACCGUACUGUAUUAUCUUUAGUUUAUAAGCACGUUAUUAUGAAAAGGUAUUUAAGCAAACUAGUUCUGUAUUGUUAUUUUUUGUGUCCACACUUUAUCCAUUCAUGCUCAUGCAGUCAGUCUUUGUUGGUGCUAUAUGAACUCUCAUCUUUUAUUUGAAUAUCAGAUUAAAAAAUGCCUCUGGACUGCACACUGAAAGGAUACAGUGCACUUGGAGAACAACCAAAGAAAAAGUCUUUUAACUGGAGAUAUGCUCACACUUUGUUAACAAUGUUUUGACAAUCUGUUGUUUUUGUUGUUUGGCAGUAACUUAUGACUAACGGUUAAAUGACAGCGAUGUAAAGUGUCCGAUGUUUCAAUAAACACUGAUCAAACUAACUCAAA